AUGGACAACAACAUAAAUGGAGACGUUGAAGACAAUGGAAGCGAUCUUCUUGCCGAAGAGUUGGCCAAACUCCAACGACAGUACAUGCUCAUGGAGAGCAAUAAAAAAGCGUAUACAGAAGAAAUGGGCAGUCAUUUGGCCAAACAGAAAAAAAUCAUCUGCAGUUUGGAACAAGAAAAAGUAAAUCUGAUGGAGUACGUUAAUAUGACUAACAACAAACAAAAGGAAACCAAUGACUUGCGUUUAAAAGAAUGUUUGGUAGAAAAAUGGAACGAAUACCUGUGCGUCAACGAUGAGCUGACAGAUCAAAAAAAGUGCCACAACGACAUCGAAAAGGAAAUAUUAAAAAUUCAAAAUGAACUCGACCUAAUAUUUAGACAGAGAGAACCCUCGGCGGGCAAAUCAAAAAACAAAGUCGAAUGCGAUCUACAAAGACACGAAGAACUACUAGAGAACAAAUUGCACGUGAAAACAGUCAAGUUCAAUAAGGUUUUGACGGAGAACGCCCGUUUGAGAAACGAAAUCGACAAUUUGCUCGUGCAAAGGUCUCAGUUCAACGAAGCGUACAAAACUUUGACGGCGCGUUUGGACAACAGCAAACAGAUAAUGAUGGACCUAAUAGAAAUGGCCACGACGGCGUACGAACAGAGAGAAGAUGCUCAAAACCGGUUGAUCAACAUGAGUGACGAAGACAAACAACAGAUCGCUCUGCACAAAGCCGAAGUCAAAGAGUUGCAGAGGCAAUACGACCGUGAUUUAAAACUUCAAGAUUUCUUGUCUAUCAAAGGACAACAUCGCGUGCUCAUGGAUUUUGAACGUAAAGAAGAAGAGAAGAAACAAAACGAAUUGGGAAACCGAAAGGAACAAGCAGAAAAAUGGAUAGACUUGAUGGGGUGGCUACAAAUGUACGUGAGCGAGAGCAACAUUGAUAGGAUUGUGGAUCUGUUCGUCCGGCAGGAAGAGGAGAACUUCGCGUUGUUCACGUACAUCAACGAGCUAAACAGCGAGGUGGACGACUUGCAGAAAGAAGUUGUGGUGCUAAAGGACCGAGUGCAAGAGCAGCGGGCUAUUAACGAGUCAAGAGCGUCAAAACAAGAGGAAAACAUGAACGGACUAAGAACACACUUAAAGCAGCUCGUCGACGACGCGAACCAAGAAGACGAUCGAAUAAAAACCGUACACACCGAGUUGACCGAGCUCUUGCAAUCCGUCGAGAAACUAUUUCUAUCUGUCCACUGCGACCUUUCUCCGAUGUACAAGAUACUUGGAGACGAUAUUCGGGCGAACGUGUAUAACAUGACUUUUUACGUUGAUCUGAUUGAAACAAAGGUGUCAGACGUCGUCAAAAGUUUGAAACAUAUGGAGCCGAUGUAA